CUUAUGCCAAGUCCUUCAAAACCACGUGACUAUGGCGGAGCGUUUUUUUCCGCGGGAGUAAAUGUGAGGAUUUGGAAAGUAACUUCAAUAUGUCAGGAGUUGUAGUCGUACACGGAGGAGCGUGGGCCAUACCAGAUGAACUGGCCGAGGCCUCCGUUAACGGAGUCAAGGCUGCAGCACGUAAAGGGAUCUCUGUGCUGAAAACAGGAGGAAACUCAGUGGAUGCUGUUGAAGCAGCGGUGAGAGCUCUGGAGGAUAAUCCUGUGUUCAACGCAGGGCAUGGAGCAACACUUAACGCUGAUGGAGAAGUGGAGAUGGAUGCCAUUAUCAUGGAUGGGAGAACACUUGCCAGUGGUGCUGUGUCUUGUUUGAAGGACAUUGCCAACCCAGUGUCGCUGGCGCGAGCAGUGAUGGAAAAGACUUCCCACAUCAUGUUGACAGGCAGAGGUGCAAACAUGUUUGCAGACAGCAUUGGUAUGGCCACAGUCCCCACUGAAACACUGGUGACUGAGUUUGAGAGGAAAGAAUGGGAGAAACACAAGAAAUAUGCUACUGGAGUGAUGGAGGAUUUUAACUCUCAGUGGGCCCAUGAUACUGUUGGAGCAGUUGCCGUGGACUGUGCUGGUAAUGUUGCAUGUGCAACAUCAACUGGAGGAAUCAGAAAUAAGAUGGUCGGCAGAGUAGGAGACUCUCCAGUUAUUGGUGCUGGAGGGUAUGCAGACAACUUCAAUGGUGCAGUAUCUUGUACAGGUCAUGGAGAGUCCAUUCUUAAAGUCACACUGGCCAGACUCAUUCUUUCACAUGUUGAACAAGGUAAAUCGGUGGCCGAUGCUUCACAAGUGUCUUUGCGGUACAUGGGAGAGCGUGUUCGAGGAGCUGGUGGUGCGAUUGCAGUUACUCCAUCAGGGCAGUGGGCAGCCUCAUUUACCACAGAGCGGAUGGCUUGGGCAGCUGUGGAAAAUGAUGUUCUGUGGUAUGGAUUAGACCCGAAUGCAAGAUUAAAUGAGAAAUUGUAGAAAUAACAAUUUCAUACCCAAAAACAUGGGUGUUGCAUGUAGCCUAAGAAAAGUGUUUUCUUCUGUAUAUUGUUUGUAGUUGUAAAAAGUUAGGUUCUCUUACUUUAAUUAUGGAGACACAGGAGCAACUAGUCCGUACAAUUAAAAUUACCUAGUUAUCUGUGUUGCAUAUCACAUAAACAAAUAUUGGAUUUGCCUGAUGCCUUCCAUCAAAUUGAUUUCAAGGUAGUGUGUAAAAUGUUGUGACGAUGUUGCAGGUGAAUACUGUAUGGCUUACCUCACCCAUCGGUUCCCAGUGUGUUGGAGAACCCAGGUAGACUUUGGUUAUCAUCAAAAUUAAAAAGAUGUUUAGUUUAUCCAUUGUGGGUUAUUGUAAAAACAUGGAUGUAUACAAAUAUUGGUAUAAUUAUUUUGUCUCCAAUUUCUGAUUAGAUUUCCCUUACAUUUCACACAUUGGAUUUUAAAACACAUGUUUUAUUCGUCAGCACUUGACUCAGGGACUUUAAAUACAGCUGACCCCUAUGUUUCAGCUGUGUAUACCAGGAAUUGCUGUGUCCUGGAUGAACGGACAGGUCUAAUUCCUCACACUGUAUAAAAAUAAACACCAUUGCUGUUUGCAAGGACAAA